CCCCCAAACUCAAGCAGAAGCCAGAGCGAAGGCGAAUCAGCUGGGAUGAUUGCGUCAACGAUUUCACGUCAGUUUAGGCCGUUUUUACGCCUCCCUUCAGCUCUCAGGACAUCCCCGGGGGCGGCGACGGGUCAGAUAAGACACCAUGGAUCCUAUUAUCCAGUUGACGACACGAUGUUCGGUCUCUCGGAGGAGGAACAGCAGCUCCGAAAGACAGUCUUCGACUUUGCACAGAAGGAACUCGCCCCCAAAGCAGGAGAAAUUGACAGGGAAAACACCUUCGUAGGGAUGAGGGAAUUUUGGAAGAAAAUGGGCCACCUUGGCUUGCUUGGUAUCACGGCAGACCCAGAGUAUGGUGGCUCUGGCAUGGGGUAUUUCGACCACUGCAUCGUCAUGGAGGAGCUGUCGAGGGCUGCGGGGGGGAUUGCGCUGUCGUAUGGGGCCCAUUCCAACCUUUGUGUCAACCAGAUCAAUCGCAAUGGCACUGUGGAGCAAAAGGAGAAGUAUUUGCCUAAGCUGUGUUCAGGAGAGCAUGUAGGAGCUCUGGCAAUGUCUGAACCAGGGUCGGGGAGUGAUGUUGUGUCCAUGAAGCUUAAGGCCGAGAAGAAGGGGGACUACUAUGUACUGAACGGCAACAAAUUCUGGAUCACCAAUGGGCCUGAUGCUGAUGUACUUGUGGUCUAUGCUAAAACCAACCCCACUGCUGCUAAGGCCCAGCAUGGCGUCACGGCAUUCCUGGUCGAGAAGGGCAUGGAGGGAUUUAGCACUGCCCAAAAGCUAGAUAAGCUGGGCAUGCGAGGUUCCAACACGUGCGAGCUAAUAUUCGAAGACUGCAAGGUGCCCGAGAAGAACAUGCUUGGCAAGAAGGAUGGUGGCAUCUACGUCCUGUUUUCUGGCCUUGAUCUUGAGAGAUUAGUGCUUGCAGCGGGACCUGUAGGGUUGAUGCAGGCUGCAUGUGAUGUUGCCUUUGAGUAUGUGCAUGUUAGGAAGCAGUUCAACACAAGGAUCGGUGAAUUCCAAUUGAUGCAGGGCAAGAUCGCAGACAUGUACUGUGAUCUUAAUGCCUGCCGCUCUUACCUUUAUGCAGUGGCCCGAGCAUGCGACAAGGGCCACUUCAGCAACAAGGACUGUGCUGGUGUCAUUCUCUACUGUGCAGAGAAGGCCACUCAGGUCUGCUUGCAAGCUAUCCAAUGUCUAGGUGGUAAUGGUUACAUCAACGACUAUGCAACCGGAAGACUCCUGAGGGACGCAAAACUGUAUGAAAUUGGUGCGGGAACAAGCGAGGUGCGACGCCUCGUGAUUGGCCGUGCUCUCAAUUUUGAGUACAAAUAGACUAAUGCAAAAUUUUGUUGUUGUUUUUUGCAAUGAAGAUGAAAGAAAUGGAAAAACAGAGAGGGCCAUUUGUAUUUAGAACAAUUAUUGUGAUAUUAGUAUUUUUUAAACAUUAUUUCAUAUAUAUUUUUUGUUUUAUGCAACACAAUUGUCUCAGCCGUUUGCCUUUGUACCUGAUUCCAGCCUCUUUAUAUAAAGACUCAGAGGGUUAACAAGACAAGA